CUGUCACAGGGUCUCCCAGCCAACUGACUCUCACAUAGCUGCACACACAAAGGCCAGGAAGGGUCAGACACCAUCCGGGCUCUCUUAGUCCUCCCUUCCCCUCCUCCCUCCCCCCCGGCUCUCCCCCCCUACUACCCUCCCCCACCUCCAGUUGACCAUGGCAUCAGAAGCAGAGAAAACUUUCCAGCGGUUUGCUGUUUUUGGGGAUUCAUCCAGCAGCAACAGUGAAAUUAACAACAAGAACUUCUCCAAGCUGUGCAAAGACUGUGGCAUCAUGGACGGCAAGGCGGUCACCUCUACUGAUGUGGACAUUGUCUUCAGCAAAGUCAAAGCCAAGAAUGCCAGGACAAUCACAUUUCAGCAGUUCCAAGAGGCCAUGAAGGAGCUGGGCCAGAAACGCUUCAAGGGGAAGAAACCAGAGGAAGCACUGGAGGAUGUUUACAAGCUGAUGGAGGGCAAGGACCCAGCGACCAGUGGGGUUACUAAAGCUACCAACGUGGGCGCGGUGGACCGGCUGACGGACACCAGCAAGUACACCGGCAGCCAUAAGGAACGCUUUGAUGAGAGUGGCAAAGGCAAAGGAAUUGCAGGCCGGGAAGAGAUGACAGAAAACUCAGGCUACGUGAGUGGCUACAAGGGUGCUGGCACCUAUGACAAGAAGGUCAGCAAAUAGAGAGAAGCCUCAUCUUAGCCUUCCAGCCCUUGACCCUGAGUCUUCAACCCUGGGAGCCUGGGGGGGAAUAAACAUCUGUGUGUGCAGCA